ACCAGUGGCCCAGAGAGAGUGGCACCUCUUGAGGAUUUGGCACUCUGGGAAGCAGUGCCAUGGAUCCACCAGAUUUCACAGAAACCAGUGGGAAAGAUCAUGAGCCAGAGACAUCAGUGUCCCUGAAGUCUUGUUUCAGCCAAGGUCUGAAACAGCUGCACCACAGUCAGGGACUCUGUAAUGCCACCUUGGUAGCAGGAGGAAAGAGGUUUCCUUGCAACAGGGCACUGUUGGCAUCCAUCAGCCCUUACUUCCAGGCUGUGUUCACCAGUGACUUCAAGGAAUCCAGGGACGGGGAAGUUCUCCUGAAAGACAUGGACCCUUCCAUCCUCCAGAACCUGCUCACCUUCCUCUACUCGGGAGAGCUGACCCUCCGUCCGGAGAUUGCUGAAGAUCUUUUCACAGCAGCCAGCCGACUCCAGCUCUUGCCCGCCUUGACGCUCAUUAGCAGAUAUCUAAUAGAGAGGAUUUCCAAGGAGAAUUGCCUUUGCCUUUACAUGCUGGCUCGGGAUCACAACAAUGCCACCCUCUUGCACGGCACCUUACUCUACCUGUGUCUUCAUUUUGAAUCCAUCUUGGAACACCAGGAUUUCCUACAUCUUGACCUUGGGGCUUUGAUCUGCAUCAUCUCUUCGGACCAGCUAGCCGUGGCCUCAGAAAUGGAGGUCUUCCAGGCUGUGCACCACUGGAUAAAAGCUGCACCUGCCCAACGGCUGGAGGCACUUGGGACGUUGCUGCGGCACAUACGUUUCCCACUGUUGACCCCUGAGGAAAUGGUGAAAGUCCAGGAAGAUAUAGUCAUGCUUGGCCUGCAUAUGGAGAUGGAGUGGAAAGACCUUGAUGGGGCUGGGAGACUGCAACUGAGCGGAGGCCUCCGACAAGGAAUGUUCCAGGAACGGAUUGUGUGCAUCAAAGUCCCUCGGCUGAGAGACAUCCUCUCCGUCAAUGAGGAUAUGGACUGCUACAUGGAGUGCUUGAAUCCCGACACGGGGUCGAGGGCAAAGCUGCCGCAUUUAGAACUGGUGGCACUCCCUGGAUGUUCAGUCCUGGAGCACAGGUUGUACAUCUCAGGAGGAAAACACCCAGAUGGUUCCUACUCCUGUGCCUUGCAUGAAUACAGCUCCCUUGCAGACCGCUGGGCCAAGCUCCCGGCUAUGUCAACCCCCCGGUCAGUACACAUGUUCUUAACUUGCAAGCAAAAGCUCUUCGCCCUGAGUGGCUGGAAUGACACAGGCCCUCUUGCCUCUGCGGAGAGUUUCAACGUGGUCCAGCAAACGUGGUCCCCCAUCGCCAGCCUGCCCAUUGUUCUGCGCUUCUCAGCCUCAGCUUCCUUCAAGAACAAGCUCUAUCUAAUAGGCGGGGAUGCCGACUCCGAUGAGGUGGUUUACCAGGGCAUACUUAUCUACAGCAUCCCCUUGGAUACCUGGGUGCAGGUGCCUCUAGAAUUCAGUCUCCAUGGCGCCUCUGCCGUUACCAUGGAGACCGGCAUCUGUAUCAUUGGGGGCUUCUUCUCCAAAAAGGUCACACCUCCAUACCCAAACAGGAGGUUCAGCCAGCUUCUUCCCUGUACUCCCAAAUGCUUCUUCAUGCACGAUGCCGGCGUGAUAAGCAAGGAGAUCACCGUCCCUCCUCUGCCACUGCCCCUGGCUUUUGCCGGUGCCACUUGUUUCCAGGGGAGAAUUUAUGUGAUGGGAGGAGUGUGCACCUCCAGGACACACGAUGCCAUUUACCACUGGGAGCCUGGAGAAGCUGCCUGGACCCAGUACCCAGAGAGCCUUGCAGGGCAAGGGACCAUCCUGCGGCGGGUGCUGAAGUGUGUAACCCUGAAGGUGGCAAGGCCAAACCUGAGGGCUCUGAUUCAAGAUGCAUCUGUAAGCCGAGUGGCUGUUGGCCUGAAGAUUUCCAUCAGAGGAAGAGGGGAGGAUGACCACCCUAAUCCCUUCGGUCAAGCUUCCUUGGUUUCAGUGGACGCAGGAACACAGUGA